CAAAAUAAAUUACAUUGAAGUGUCGAACGGGGUAUCGUAGUAAAUUUGAUAAAAGUACGUGAUCGAAAUAUACGAUCAGGAUGAGCCGCCUGGACUUGGUUCAAUUUCUUUUGAGUUUCCUUUCGUACUGGUUCGAUUUGAUAGUGGUGGUUGGUGGUACGAAAAUUCGAAGGGGAUUGAAGUUUUUUAACUUUCUGUAUAAAAAGCUUGGCAACCUGCAACAGGUACAUCAGUUAGUUUUUCGAUUUUUAUUUGAACAGUGUGAAAUACAAUCCUAUAAGCUCACAAUGAGUUUGCUUAAAGUUGCAGUUUUCGCCGCACUAGCCCUUUGUGCUAGCGCCGAGCCUAAACCAAACCCCGGAGUCCUAGCCGCCCCAGUCGCUCCAGUGGCAUACUCAGCACCCCUAGUUCAAGCUCCAGUUUUUGCUAGAACAUAUGCUGCUCCAUUUGCCUACAAUGCAGUUGCCGCCCCAGUUGUUGCCAAAACUUUUGCCGCUCCAGUUGCUGCUGCAUACACUGCUCCCGUUGCCGCCACGUACGCUCAGUUCCCGGCUGCAUACACCGCUCCUGUUGCCGCUGCGUAUUCUGCACCAAUUGUAGCUGCUCGUGCUGCGCCAAUAGUGGCUGCUCCUGCCCCAGUGGUUGCUGCUCGUGCUGCUCCGAUUGUUGCUGCCGCUGCUCCGGUUGUGGCUGCUCGUGCUGCUCCAGUAGUUGCCGCUCCAGUUCAAGCCGAGUUCACCGAUUCCUACCCACAGUACCAAUAUGCUUACAAUGUUCAAGAUACUCUGACCGGUGACUCGAAAACUCAGGAAGAGACCCGCGAUGGUGAUAUUGUUAAGGGAUCGUACUCCCUGAUCGAACCUGAUGGCAGCCGUCGUAUUGUCAACUACUACGCUGAUCCAAUCAACGGAUUCAAUGCAGUCGUGCAAAAGGAUGUUCCGGUUGCGUUUGCAGCCAAGACCGUCGUGGCCCCUGCAGUCGCUGCUAAGGCCGUCGUAGUCUAGAAACCAAUCAUCCACUUCCCGGCGAGAACUAGAAUCAGUCUGAAUAUGCUGUGUAUAUAGGACCAAUUCCCGAGUGUAAAUAGUCAAGAGGACUCCAGGGUCACCACCAAUGUGCAACUUUAAGCAAUCACUCAUCUGUACAUAAUUUCCACUGCUGAAAAUCAUUCUUGCUUGAAGUCACGCACUUUGUACAGCUUCGUUUUAGGUAAUAAUAAAACACGAAAUUGC